AUGAGAGAACUUUCUAAAAUCCUUUUGGAAAUAAGAAAGUUGGAUCCAUCCAAAACCACAUUCAUUUCAGCUUUGAAGCCAAAGUAUUUCGACAUUUUCGUGGAAGCCACAAAACGAAUUGCUAAAUAUGAUUCGGAACGAGAUGUUUAUCUGUCUCCAACUUUCGCCAUGAAUGUUGUUACGUCUUUGAAACAGUGUUGCGAUAUUGCAAUUACUUUUAUUUACACUAAAAAUAAAGGUACCACUUUAUCUACUGCGGAAAUAGAGGCGGACUUGAAAACGUUGAUUCGUCUUUUUGAAACUAAUUCGAGUUGUGAGAUUUCUUCACAUGCCAGUUACAGCCUUAAUCUUAACAAAUGGAACAAAGUAACCAUUGUACCUCUUGCCAGUGAUAUGCGUUUAUUAAGGAAUCAUCUCAUCGACUUAGCUGGAGAAUCUUUAAGAGUCCUAAUUAAAGGAGUUGAGGAUAUGAAAUAUAUCAUAGAAGAUGAUAUCGACCAUCAGCAAUAUCAAAAAAAGUCUGAUACAAUUCAAGCAUUUAAUAAUCUGAUGGAAACUAUUUAUUGUAGAGUCAUUUUAUUAAAUCGAAAACGUUCUGGAGAACUACAACGAAUGUAUUUACAUACAUAUCUGAAUACGUCAAACCAUACUCAAAACUAUGAGGAAUUUGACAAUGUAGUCUCUCUACCCGAAAAAAUUCUCCUAAAACCAUUGAAGUCAGUAGUUAUCCGAGGUAAACGAGGCAAAGGGGUUCCAGUUUUAUUCCAUUCUGACAUACAAGACAAUAUCAAAAAAAUGUUAGAAGUUAGACACCAUUUUGUGCCCAUAAAUAACCCAUAUCUUUUCGCAAUGGCGAAUUCAAAUUCACAUUUGAUAGGUUAUAAAGUGUUAGCCAAACAUGCUAAAUUAUGUGGAGCACAAAACCCAUCAUCAAUUACGUCAACCCGACUGCGCAAACAUCUUGCAACUUUAUCGCAAUUAUUCAACUUAUCAAAUGGGGAAAUAGAACAGUUGGCGACAUUUAUGGGACACACAAGUGGUGUUCACAGAACUUCCUAUCGACUACCCGAUGAUGUUUAUCAAACGGCGAAGAUAUCUAAACUGUUGAUGGUAAUGGAAAAAGGCGGAGCAGAUCAAUAUAAAGGGAAAUCUAUUGAUGAAAUAAACAUUGAUAUGGAAAAAAAGUGA